GAGACACAAAAACAUAGCAGAUAUUAUUAGCCGUGACAUUCGGCCAGGAUGUACGGCAGAAGAUAUAAAGAGGAAGAUCAAUGGCCUCCGUACGAGCUACUCGUACGAGAAAGCAAAAAUGAAUAAAAGCAAAAGUGGAGCCAGUGCGCAGGCGGCAUAUACACCACAAGUAUACUGGUUUCAGAUGUUGAAAUUUCUUGACCAGUCUACAGAGGCCGACGAGAGUCUGUGCAAUUUGGAUAGCACAGAAAGUGAAACUGGAAGUGAACGUGCCACACCGACGUUUGAGGAAAUGUGUGCGCAUGAGAUCCAAGAGCCUGUCGCAUGUAGCGAGGCACAGCCACAGCCCCUGCGUCAAGAGCGGCCUCCCACAAAAAGGAGGAAAGUCACGCAAGACGUGGCAACUAACGUCAUGGAGGAGGCCAGCAGGACACUACAGGCUAUGGCUGAUGCUGCCAGAACCUUGCCUGUCCAUGAAGACCGCUACAGCACCCUGGGCGCCCACAUCGCAGCAGAGCUGCGUGAAAUGGAAAGGGUGGGCGGCAGGGAAUACACCACAGUCACAAUGCACAGUCUGCAGCGGACAUUGAUGGACAGGUGGGAUUUGCUGCAUGCGACAGCCCGUGCACAACCGUCCACCUCUGGAUAUAUCCAGGUUGCCUUGCAGCAGGCUGGAAUCGAGGAUGAAGACUCCAUUCCAUAAAUAUAUGUGUGUAUAAUUUUUGUACAUCCUGGCCGAAUGUCACGGCUAAUAAUAUCUGCUAUGUUUUUGUAUCUCUCCAAUCUUCUUAAUCAAUUUUUA